UUUUCCUAUUUAUUCUCACCAGACACAUUCUCUUUCCCUCACUUGUCUUCUUUUUUCCUAAUUCAAGAAACCAUAUAAUCUUUUCCUCUGUAUUUUUUUACAAAUCCCUCAAAGAAACAAAAUUUACAAGAUCAAGAAUGUAUAACGAAUGCAGCUCUCCCUCCACCGCAAGAUCAACAACGAGAGUCACAAAUCACAGAAUGAGAUCUCCGAUCUGUUGUAUAGGAGCCAACGCGGUGGUUGAGCCAGAAGCCAUGAUGAUCGGAGGAGAACAAAGAACACCAAGAUCUCCUUACGAAUGGCUCAAAUCUACGGCGCAGGAGCUAGAGUUAAGAGAUCGGUGCCGGCGUGUGAAGUCACGUAUCAAGGUUACGUGUCGUAACAACAAUUGUGCUUAUAAUAAUUGUGUUCAUCAUCAUCAUCAUAGCCAGAGUUAUCCUGGAGAUUUCAGUUACGAUCCGUUGAGUUACGCGCUCAAUUUCGAGGAUAAUGUGAGAGCUGAUGACGAUGGUUCUUUUCCUAAUUUCACGGCGAGGUUGCCUCAGUCGCCGGUGACCAAGACGAGAUCGGCGACGGUUGAUUUGAUCUCUUUCUGACGGAAUAAUUAAUUACAAAAAGAUUCUUUAAAAAAAUAUCUUUUCGUUUUCUUGUGUGUGACGGUGGAAUGUAACUGUUCGCCGGAGAAAUGACGUAAGAAUAUGACGUCAGGUGUAUGUAAAUGCUCUCUCGCCAUAUUGAUUUGAUAUACUUGUAAAAUUGAUGUGUGCAAAUAAAAAGCAGAAACAUUUUCUAUGUUUCUUACAAAUUUAAUCCAUUUCACUUUAUGCGCUUUGUUGAAUUGUUCAUAAACUGUUACGGACAAACCCUAAAAUAAUGGUGUGGAUCUAAUAGAUGGUUAAUCAUUGCAUAUUUGAUUCCAUCAUUUCAAAUCUUGAUUUGAUCUU